GUGUAAUUUUGAAUUAUUUUUUCAUAGUUAAAGUUAACGUUCGUCAAUUAAGAUAAAAUGUAAAAGUAGAAGAGUCAUGACAAAUGUUUUUUUGUAGACAACGCAUUAACUGAAAUAAUGCUCUGAGCUUGGAAAUCGGCGUCAUGUCGCAGUUCUCUUUCUUCAAUGAAAUUAACAGUUGUGUGAGAAUGGAUGACCCUAUCACAAAGGGUCCUGUACCUAGGUGGCAAAAGAAAAACUUGGACACUAGCAACAGGGGCAAGCCUAACACAUCUAGCAGUUCAACCUCCAAUAAGACACCAACAAGGCUUACAACAGAAAAUGGAAACAAAUCAAAGAAGACUCCCUCAAAAACACCAAAAAAGUCACCAGGGUCCAAAACACCAGGCGCAAAAACUCCGAGUGGGGGUGACAGGUUUAUACCAGUUCGAAGCCAGUCCUCAUUUGAAAUGGGUCAUUUUAAGAUAAAUCAGGAGCAAGAAAAUGAAGAACUGCUGAGUCCGUCCAAAAGAGAUAAACAACGCAUCAUGUCAGAAAACCUUCAUGGAGCAGAUAUUAACAAGACAAGAGUGCUUUGCUAUCAGAAUAAAGCACCAAAUGCUCCAGAGGGUCAUCAAAACUCCUUAAAGGUUGUCUACAGUCAUUCAAAAACUCCAGGCUCUGUAAAGAGCACAACACGCUACAUUCCGAUGACACCAGAUCGUAUACUUGAUGCACCUGACAUUAUGGAUGAUUACUAUCUUAAUCUGAUUGACUGGGGUGCACAUAACAUUUUGGCUGUUGCCUUGGGCAGUGGUGUGUACCUGUGGAAUGCUCACACUGGAGAAAUAGAGCAGCUUCUUGUUCUGGAAGGAAGUGAUUAUGUAUGUUCACUUUCAUGGAUUCAGGAAGGGGAGGUUUUGGCAGUAGCAACAAGCAAAGGAAUAACAGGACUUUGGGACUGUUCAGCUAUGAGACGUCUUCGUCUACUUGAUGGCCAUUCUGCUAGAGUUGGAGCUUUAUCGUGGAACUCAUACAUCCUUUCUUCAGGAUCCCGCAGUGGCCACAUAAUUCAUCAUGAUGUCCGUGUGAAAGAACAUAUUGUGGCCACAUUGGCAGGACAUACCCAAGAGGUUUGUGGUUUGAAAUGGUCGCCAGAUGGAAGGUAUCUUGCUAGUGGUGGUAAUGAUAAUCUACUGAAUAUAUGGCCUGCUACACCAGGUGGAGCACAUACUCAGACUACACCACUUUACACGUUGAGUCAACAUCAAGCUGCAGUCAAGGCACUUGCAUGGUGCCCAUGGCAGCCAAGUAUCCUUGCGAGUGGUGGUGGCACUGCAGAUCGGUGCAUAAGAUUCUGGAACUGUAGCAAUGGGAACUGCUUAAAAACAGUAGACACAAAAUCUCAAGUCUGUGCAUUGUUAUGGUCAACAAAUUACAGGGAAUUUAUAUCUGGUCAUGGAUAUGCUAACAACCAAUUAGUCAUAUGGAAAUACCCAUCGAUGAACAAGAUUGCAGAGCUCACUGGACAUACUGCAAGAGUUUUGCAUCUUGCUUUGUCUCCUGAUGGCAGUACUGUUCUGUCAGCUGGAGCAGAUGAAACAUUAAGGUUGUGGAAGUGCUUCACUCCAGACCCUGCAAAGAAGACUGAACCAGUGGAAACAAAAAGUGUUCCUAAUAUGAUGCGUGGAAUUCGUUAAUUGUUGUGUCAUUGGCAUAUUACUAAAUCAAAAGACUGAUGUCGUAGUGAUUUGUGUAAUGUGAAGGUAUUCUGUACGAUCUGUAUCUAUAAACCUAAUAGGAGCAAAUGUUCUUACAUACUAAGUACACAGUGAGAAAUGAAACAAUGCGUUCUAGGAAAGUAUUUCUUCCCUUUGCUGAUCUUUCUCUGGAACUGUCUGUGUUUACUGCCACAGAAAAACAUGACUGACUAUAUUGAUUUUACAAUAAUAUAAAACAAAUGUAUAUAAUUAGUGAUCAGAUGUCUUUAUAACAAUAUUUAUCCCACUAAGGGUUGUAUACUCGUUUAUCACAUGUAAAAAUUUCUGCAUGUUUAUGCUGUGAAUAUUAUUAGACUUUUUAUUGU